AGAACAAACUGCUCAGACAAAACCAUCAGAUCAGAGUUAGCUCAGGAACAGGGAUUGUGCUAGCUGGUCUGGUUGCUUGAGAUGUUGAGUGCAGGAUGCAUGGAACAGUGGAUGCCGACGGCGGCAAUGGUUACCACCAGUGUUGUGAUCGCCAUCAUGACCGCGCUAAUCAAGCAGGCACUGAACCAGGGCAUGAACAGGCUGGUCCUCAUCACUUUCCGGCAAAUGUUGGCCACUGUGUUCCUAGGCCCCAUUGCCUACUUCAAGGAGAGGAAGAUGAGACCAAAGUUCACAACUGAAAUCUUUAUGUACACGUUCCUAAGUGGAAUUCUUGGCCCAGUGCUGCUUCAGUACACAUUGUUUGUCGGAUUGGAUUACACAACAGCAACAUUUGCUGCGACUUUCUCCAAUAUGCUUCCAGUAGUUACUUUCCUCAUAUCACUCGCUUUCAGGUUUGAAUCACUAGAGGUGAGGAGCAAGUCAGGGAGCGCCAAGAUCUCAGGGACCCUCAUCUCCCUCGGUGGUGCAAUGAUGCUCACCUUCUACAAGGGUUCAGCACUAACCCACAACACCACAUCAUCCAUGGCUCCAGCAGCCUCCAGCAGUGGUGGCCACAGGGACGCUGCCCGGUGGGUGCUGGGUUCAGUCUCCAUGCUCGCAAACGUCGUCGGGUUCGCGCUGUGGCUGCUUCUGCAGAGGAAGUUCACCAAAAAGUACCCGGCCGUGUACUCGGCCACGGCGUUCAUGUCGCUGUUCAGCUUCGUCCAGUCGGGAGCACUGACCCUGUCGAUACAACGGAGCAGCAUCGCCGUGUGGGCUCUCAAGGGCACGAUAGAGAUCGUCACUGUCGUGUACUGUGGUGUCGUGGCAUCUGGCGUUGGGUACCUCCUGCUCACGUAUUGCGUGGAGAAGAGGGGCCCUGUUUUCACUGCUGCGUUCAGCCCCCUCUCUCAGAUCUUCGUCGCCGGCAUCGAUCUGUCCAUCCUCCAUGAACCGCUCUACCUUGGAAGCGUGCUAGGGUCAGUGCUGGUGAUUCUGGGACUCUACCUUGUGCUAUGGGGCAAGAGAGAGGAAGCUGCUAAUAAAGAUGUCGCCUCGGCGAAGCCGGUUCAAGCAGAGGUAGAACAGCAAGCAGAGAAAGUGUGAAUCUUUUUUGACUGAUGCCCCUGAAGCGGUAUUGGAAAUCACAGUGCGCCGGAAGGAAAGAUAUACUCUUAUACAUACUAUGUACUAUAUAGCUAGUGAGUAGUGACCAAUGGAAGCAAAGAUAUGGUGAAUUGAAAUGCUGUAAAUUUCUCUCUUCGAUGGAGUGUUAAAACCGAGGGUAGUCCAUCCACAA